AUGGAUGAAAGUUGCUGCCUCGGUACUCCUAUUGUUGUUCUGCCGGAAGAUGUAAUUUUCCAAAUUUUGAUAUGGCUCCCAGUACAAUCUCUGUUGCGAUUCAAAUCUGUGUGUAGAUCAUGGUACGCCCUCAUUAAAUCAUCUCACUUUAUACAAAGCCAUAUCACUGCUACUGCGGUUGACGACAUGAACAGCUCCAGGUUAGGCGGCACCUUCAUCUGCAGGCAUCAAUUACUAGAAACAAGAAAACCUACACCUUCGUUUUAUUUGCUUUCUGAAAAAGGAGGCUUCAAGAAGUUGGAGGAUCUAGGCAAACGAUUAGGUUUGAAAGAUGUGAGACAAUUUUGUGCCUUGCAGAUGGAGGAUUCUGUUCAUGGAAUAAUUUGCUUACUUAACACGAUAACCAGGGAUAUUUUUCUUUGGAACCCUGCAACGAGACAAUGUAGACUUCUACCGAAGUCGUCAGACGGAAACCCUAAAGUUGGGUAUAACCAUUAUGAUUUUGUUGGACUCGGUUUUGAUGUUAAAAGCAAGGAUUACAAGGUGAUACAGGUCUCUUAUUUCGGACCCAAAGAAAAUGAUGAUCUUAUAUUUUACAGCCCGCGCAAAGUUCAUAUAUACUGCCUCAGUACUGAUUCUUGGAGGUUGAUAGACUCAGAUUUCCGUAUUCAAUGUGGUUGCCCAACAACGGGACAGAGUUUGAAUGGUAUUUAUUUCCAUGAAGCUGUGGACCAUAUUGCAGAUCCUCAUCAGAAAGUAUGGAUAUUGAAUGAUUACAAUACGGUGAAGGAGUCAUGGUCGAAGCUCUACGAAGUUGAUCUCAUGUCUCCACGACUUCAAACAAGGUAUGGAUGGUGUCGUAUCCUUGCAAAUUCUUAUAGUGGAAAGUUUGAUUUAAUGUUGGGCAAAACUUUGGUAUGUUACAACUCUAUUACUGAUGAGUUUGAGGAUCUUGGUUUGGGGAAAGGAAUGAAACCGUCUUAUGUUAGGGCUACUAUCUAUAAGGAAAGUCUUGUUUCUGUUGAUGCAAAUAGUUCAGCAACUAAAGACAUCUCCUCCUAA